AUGCGCCGGACUGUGCGUGUCCUCUACAACUCGUUCGAGCGCGGAUGGAAGGACAAGACUGUCUACCCGCUUGACCGCCGUGGCCGCUUUAACCUGGAUGAGGCCGCCGCGGAGCUGGAGCUGGAUGAGGCGUACGUCGCCUCUCUCUACAAGCCGUUGCACUACACGUAUUCAAUGAAGGGGCAGCGCUAUCCAGCGGAGCAGGGCCGCACCAGCCGUCCUGGAUCGUUGGCAGCCUCGCGGGAUCGCAUGUUUCCCUUGUACCGGCGAAACUACAAGCUGGACCGAGAGCUGCGAGUUCUAGACCACCGACGCAUCUCAACGGCCUAG